AUGGAACCUCUGUUUGGGGUGUUGCUGGGUUUGAUUCUUGCGGUAGCUUCAUCAGCGCAGAACAACUGUACGUGUGUGACCAACAAGUGGACAGUAUGUGCCCAGGACGACUCUGGGAACUGCACCUGCACGCUGGUAGGUUCCAAUCGUGAGGUAGACUGUUCAACGCUGACUUCAAAAUGCUUGCUGAUGAAGGCAGAAAUGAUCUCCCUGAAGGAGAAGCACUUCCAGGGCCAUCCCGAUGGGCUGUUAGACAGUGAUGGCAUUUACAAUCCAGACUGUGAGGACAGUGAGAUCUUCAAAGCCAGGCAGUGCAAUCCAACUGAUACUUGCUGGUGUGUGAACACUGCUGGACUAAGAAGAAGUGAAAAGGGUGACAAAAGCUUGAGUUGCAGUGAACUGGUAAGAACAAGCUUGAUCUACAUUGAACUGAUACACAAAAAAAGGUCCAGUGCCUUUGAUGUGCCUGAUGGAAGAAACGCCCUGAAACACCUGUUUGAGAGCCGAUACAAACUGCACCCUAAGUACAUUGCAGCCAUUAAGUAUGAUUCCCCACUUAUCCAAAUCCGCUUGAACCAGAAUGAGAAAUCCAGAUGUGAUGUAGAUAUAGCUGAUGUAGCCUAUUACUUUGAAAAAGAUAUUAAAGAUGACUCCGUAUUUAAUUCCAACAGUAUGUUAACUGUCAAUGGAGAUGCUCUGGAUAUUGAAAAACUACAGAUUUACUAUGUUGAUGAAAAGCCACCGGAGUUUUGCAUGAAACAACUGGCUGCUAGCAUUAGCGCUGUAGUCACAGUGGUGAUGCUGACUGCUGGCUUUGGCGUCACUGUGCUGGUUAUUCUGAGGUGGCUGCGGACACGAAAAUAUGAGAAAGCUGAGAUUAAAGAAAUGGAGGAAAUAAAAGCACUAAGCUUACAGCUGCCCUGAUGUGGAAAAAAGAAAGGCAGCAACAGGAAGAAAAGAAGGGGGAAAAAAAAAAGCACAAAAGACAAAGAGCAAACACUCAGUGGAUGUGGAUGGAUUUGGAGAGGUUUUUCUCCUUUCUACAGGAAUUUGUACAGUGAUUGUUCUAAAUUAUUCUAGUUUAGUACGAAUGACUUUUUUUGGUUUUGAGUAUAAACUAAUUUACCUAAAUAUUUUAAAUGAGUCCCCAUUUAGAGACUAAGAAAACUGUUAGAGCUAUUUAUUUAGCAUAACAUAGAAUGCUUUCACUAGUACCGCAGGCCUGGUUCAGUUUGCUUAAAUA